UCCUCUUGACUUAUUUACACAUUUCUCCAUUUCCAAAAGGAAACCGCUCAAGAAGAGAGAGGAAAAAGCUAAUCAAUUCGCCGUCGAAGAGGUGUGACCUGAGAUCAUAGCCGGAGAAUCGCCAACCAUGUGGAGGAGAUUGCUCUCUUUGCAGCUCAAUGCCCUAAAACGUCUUCCUUCAUCAUCGACGGCUCCGUCGGUAUCCAUUUCCACAGCCUCACGACUUGCUGUUGCUGCUUCAUCUUAUGUUUCUCCCUCGCCUUACAUUUCGCUCUUCGCUCGCCAUUUCAGUGCCGAGGCUGCUGUUGAUGCUGGUCUGAAAAAGAAUGUUGAGGAUGUAAUGCCGAUUGCAACCGGACACGAGCGUGAAGAGCUUGAAGCCGCGCUCGAGGGAAGAGACAUCCUUGAUAUAAACAACCCUGUAGGUCCUUUUGGCACUAAGGAAGCUCCUGCUGUUAUUAAGUCAUAUUAUGAUGAAAGAUUAGUUGGGUGCCCUGGAGGUGAAGGUGAGGAUGAGCAUGAUGUUGUCUGGUUUCGGCUGAAGAAAGGCGAGCCACAUGAAUGCCCUGUGUGCACGCAGUAUUUUGUGUUGGAAGUAGUGGGACCUGGAGGAUCGCCAGAUGGUUAUGGAGAUGACGAUCACCAUCAUUGAUUGCAAACAUCUUUUCCAGAAUAAACCGGUGCUUUUAGAGAGAGAGAAUUCGAAAUAUGCUGCAGUUUUAAUUGCAAGUUGUGUGUCUUAUUUGCAGUUGUUGCUUCAUCAACGUUAGGAAUCUGAGUUUUUUCCGUGUCAGUUAGAGACACAGGUGAGUCUUCUUUUGGAAGAUACAGAUCCUUCUUAGGCUUUCUUUUUAUGUGUUUCCAAAAUAAUUGGACGCUUCUUGAUUCUUUACCAUAACCAAGGCGGCAUUACAAUACAAUAACACACUCCCUUUUGAUCUUAAAAUAUAAUUUGAGAAUUGCUAAAGUCAUUCUCCUUAUAAAAUGUGCUAUGGCUGCUGUACUUUA